AAUUUCGAGCUUCUAAAGUGAGCUGUUCCGAAUUCACGUAAUUCCCACGUCCCGUCCAACCCCUAUGUAUGUGCGUCAGUAAAAGCCUCAAUGUCGACGGCAAAACCAAUAAGUCCCAUACGAAAGGCGUGGUACCAAUGGAAGGCUCUACGGUUUCCGUGGAGAAAACGUUUCCUAAUCGGUCUCGACCUUCACGGUAACACGUAUUGGGAAUUCCGACUUGUCCGAGGCGAUCCCUCCCUACCCGAUUCUAGAUUCCGCCGCAUCGUCAAAUAUCCGCGGUCGAUACAUUACAGCGAGGUGAAAGUUCCACCGCAAUGGCACCAAUGGUUACGAUACCAACGCGAACAAGCGCCUACACUCGACGAGCAAGCUUCCGAAGUGGUCCGACAAGAGCGCAUGAAGCUUCUCGCCGCUGAGGCGGACGCCCGCUGGGAAGCCAAACCGAGACUGUCAGAUGUGCCGGGUCGGGAAAAGGGCCAACCAGUGCCAGCCCUAAAUACAGGCCAGACCCAACCUCAAGAGCGGGCCGCUAGGGAGUCUCCAACACGAAACGAACAAAAUGAGGUGACACAACAGAAAGAUGAUCCCUGGAAGCAGGCUAGGAGUACUGGCCCCGGUGAGACCUGGCAGCCAGAAGCCUGGAGUCCAGCAUCGACAAGAAAACGGUGAAAAUCUCUGCAUUGUCGCGACCGUGGUAGCGUUGCAUAUCUGUACAAUAGUUGUGUAUCAUCAUGUCGUAUAUUAGCGUCAAGAAGCGGCAAGAAAAUCUGUGUC